AUGCCUGUCACCAGAAAACAAAAAGAGCGAUUCCAAAGCCAAUAUCCACAUUUACCUCCAGUGAGGGAUCGAAUGCCUCCAUUUGCGAUCCAUGGAGAAAUAACCGGUCUUACCAAUGUUUUUUUGCUUCCCAAGUGUACCCAAUGUCACUCAACGAUUCUCAUCAAUGGGUUUCCCGCACCAUCGAUAGGGGAAAAGGCGUUGGUGGAGAAUUUUUUCAAUAAUCGAUAUCAACACGAAUAUGACGAUGAGCUUGAUUUGCAAGAGAAACACAAGGAGUUUUGUCGAUACGUCAAUGAUAAUUUCAUCCAGCCGACGGAGAUCACCUAUCCUAGUGUGGUGGUGGAUCAUUCUUUACAAGUGGGGUUUGAAUGUCCGUUGAACGGGUCCCAAAUAUGUGAUUCGAAUCAUUUUGCCUGGGAUUUGUGCUUUGAAUUGACGGCUGUCAACUCAUUGACCGGGGAGGCCAAAGAUUACACUAUCUCGUCAAAAGCAUUCGAUAAGGAAUUUGCGAAAUUGAACCCAGAAAAGUUUUUUUUGGCCAAAUUCUUUGCCCCUUGGGUACUGAAUAAAUCAACGUAUUUUAUGGAAUUGUUGUACCGGCAGCAGUUGAAGCGACACCAGUUUGAGUUUUUCUUUUAUUUUAGCAGGAAGAGACGUUCAUUAGAUGAGAAUGGGGUUCCGACAAGACCCAUUAAAGCGGUGGAAAAUGGUCCAUGUCCAUUCAUUCCUAAAAUGACAAUGAGUCGUGGGGGAGGAAGAGAUCGAUAUUUAAUGAGUCAUGCCUUGGGGUUGAUGCAAGCAGAUAAUCGAAUAAAUUGGUCGGGAAAUGCCGAUGGUGGAGGGUAUACUCAACCGCUUUCACUUGGUUGGUAUGAUGAUUUUCAUCAAGAAGCACCAGAAGAGCAGGGACAUAUGAAACAACAGAAUUGGUGGAACGAAGAUGAAGAAGCAGAAGGAGUAGAUAAUGAAGUGAGGGAUAAAGGUAAUUUAAGUAAUGUUGUAAAGGAGAAGAAGGAGAAUGAUGAUGACGAUGAUGAUGAAGAAGAAGAAGAAGAAGAAGAAGAUGAUGAUGAUGAUGGUGAUGAUGAAGAUGAAGAAGAAGAUAAUAAAGAUGAUGGAGAAGAUGAAGUAGAAGAUGACGACGAGGAUGAUGAUAAAAGCUUGGAUAAUGUGAGGCGUUCUGAAAUUGAUAAGUCUUCAAGGGAUUAUGAAUCUGAUGAUUCUUCAAGCUCUGAUUCCUCAAAUCAUUCUGGCUCAUCGUUUUCGAAUCUCGAUAGUGAUUCUGAGUUUGAAAGGAAGUAUGGAUUUCCGUUGACCAAUUUUCUACCAGAACAUUCCGCCAAACAUCCGACGGCGGUGCAUCUUGUUCUCUUGAAAUGGCUAUACCUUCAUCUCGAUCACCCGUUUCCUAAUCGCUUUGAACUUUCCAAUUUGAAAGACAUCACGGGGUUGUCCACUGAUCAAGUGUAUAGAUAUUUCAAAAGACAUAGAAAGAGAACAGUACCGAGGAUGAAAGCGUUGAAAAGGAAAUUGGGAUUGUAG